AUGACCAACCCACAGGACAAUCCUGCAACUCCUCCACCACCCACUCCCUCAAAUUCAUUUAUACCUCCUCCACCUAGUACAUCACCAAAACCCAAACUGAGAAGGGUGAAAAUGCUUGCUCGAAAGACAAACUCCCACACCAAAAGCCCCAGUGUUCCUAAGCCUUCCAAGAAAAGAAAUGAUUCACCCCCACCAACUACUGUACUUCCAUCACCAAAGGGUAGAGCUACAAAAAUCAGGGUGAGGCAGAGUGAGAGUGAUCUCCAGAAAGCUCUAGAUGAGAGUAAGAAGAAAAGGCUGGCUAAAGGAAAGGGAAAGGGAAAGGUUGCGGAGUCCUCAGUGGAUGUGGAGGUUGAGGAGAUGGAACAGGUCCAUCAAGAGGAAGUUCAAACAGUGGAGGUUCAGACCUCCAAGCCCAAAAAGCCCAAGACUUCUUCCAAGAAGUCUUCCUCUGUGUUUGAGGCUACUGAACCUUCCCUAGCCAAGACGACAAGGUCUGCUGAGAAAGGAAAACAAGUGAAAAUUUCUGAAGAUGAAGAAUGGAGUGGAGAAGAAGUAGAAGAUUCUGAUCGUGACAAGGACAAGGUUACCAUGUUUGGCAAAAGAAAUAUCUAG